AUGUCAGCAACUAGCUUCGAUAAACUGCUAGCAAUAAUAGGUCCAAAUAUUAAAAAGGGAUCCAACAGAGAACCCAUCUCUCCAGGUUGUAGAUUAGCCAUUACAUUACGAUUUUUGGCUACUGGUGACAGUUAUCCGAGUCUUUCAUAUGGUUUCCGAGUUGGAGUAUCUACAAUAUGUGAGAUAAUUAAAGAAACAUGUUGCAUUAUUUGGAAUUUACUACAGCCUUUACAGUUGCCUGUUUUGACAAAAAAAGAGUGGAAAAGUAUUUCUGAAAAUUUCUUGUCUUUGUGGUCAUUAUCAAACUGUGUGGGAGCAAUUGAUGGCAAGCACAUCAUUAUGCAGGCGCCAUCCAACACCGGAUCUUUGUUUUAUAAUUAUAAGAAAUCAUUUAGUAUCAUUCUAUUGGCAGUUUGUGAUGCCAAGUAUAAUUUCAUCUGUGUAGACAUUGGUGCGUAUGGGUCUCACAGUGACGGUGGGGUAUUAAAUAAUUCUUCCUUUGGCAAAAAAUUAUUGGCUGAUGACCUGGAUAUACCACAAUCAGAAGAACUACCAAACUGCCCCACAAAAAUUAAAAUACCUCAUUUUUUUGUGGGUGAUGAGGCUUUUCCGUUAAAAGAAAACUUAAUGCGUCCAUAUAGUAAACCUAGAGAAGGAUCUUUAGCUCGUGAUGAAAGAAUUUUUAAUUAUCGUCUAUCGAGGGCUAGAAAAAUAAUUGAGAAUACUUUUGGUAUUAUGGUGGCACGGUUUCGAAUCUUCCACCGGAUUAUCAAUGGUAAUACAGAAACUGUAGAUGGAAUUGUGAAGUCUGCUGUAUGCCUUUACAAUUUUAUUAGAAAUGAAAUGAAUGAAUGCGAAAAUUUCUUGAAAUGA